UCAAUUGAAGAAAAUGAAGUUUAUCUGCCUAAUGAUGAGCUCUGGAUCUAUGAAAUGGAUAGUGGGUUAUGGACGAUGCACCUAAUGGAAGGAGAGUUGCCCACCUCCAUGUCAGGAAGCUGCGGGGCGAGCAUUGAUGGGAAGCUCUACAUUUUUGGUGGAUUUGAUGAUAAAGGAUACAGCAAUCGGCUGUAUUAUGUUAAUUUGCGAACAAAAAAUGGAACCUAUAGGUGGAAAAAAAUUACAAAUUUUAAAGGUCAACCUCCUACACCACGUGACAAGCUUUCCUGCUGGGUGUAUAAGGACAGGCUAAUAUAUUUUGGUGGCUAUGGCUGUAGGAAGCUUAAUGAACUGUGUGACUGUUUUGAUGUCCAUGAUGCAUUUUGGGAAGGACAGAUAUUCUGGGGAUGGCAUAAUGAUGUUCAUGUUUUUGAUACAACCACACAAAGUUGGUCUCAACCAGUAAUUCGAGGUGGAGAUCCACCUCAGCCUCGAGCAGCUCAUACCUGUGCUGUGCUGGGAAAUAAAGGUUACAUCUUUGGAGGACGAGUGCUGCAAACUAGAAUUAAUGAUUUGCACUACCUGAAUUUAGACACUUGGACUUGGUCUGGAAGAAUUAGUAUCAGUGGAGAGAAACCAAAAGAUCGAUCCUGGCACACGUUGACUGCCAUAGGAGAUGACAGACUUUUCCUUUUUGGUGGACUAAGUUCUGACAAUGUUCCUUUAAGUGAUGGCUGGAUUCACAGCAUUGCAACAAAUGGAUGGAAGCAACUUACCCAUUUGCCUAAGAGUAGGCCUAGACUGUGGCACACAGCCUGCCUUGGGAAAGAAGGAGAAGUGAUGGUGUUUGGUGGAAGCAAAGAUGACUUGCACUUCAUGGACACGGGUCACUGCAGUGACUUGUUGAUAUUUCAGACUCAACCUUAUUCCCUCCUGAGGUUGUGUCUUGACUGCAUUGGUAAAAACGCUGCUCUCUUGGAGAACCAAAUACCAUGCUUGCCAUCAAAACUUUUGCAGCAGGUGCUGAAAAAAAUAACCUUCUGGGCUGCAGUUAACCACCGGCAAGAGAGGAAAGCCGAAACGGAAAGACAGAGUCAACUGAACGCCACAUGAACGCUGGC